GGGCCGAAUCACGACACUAAUAAGGAUGUCGGCUACGGAAAGCCCGGUAUAACUACUCCAUAAGGCUGGCUGGUGGGUAAAUAAAAGCGUCACGAUCCCGUCAUUCAGCAGGUAUCUUCAUCUACUUAGGUCUUCAUUGUUUCUCUAUUAUUUAUCUUUAUACUUUCUGCUCAAACCUUCCCUUGAUCUCCCUUGCACUGCCCGCCACAGACACCUUCACUCCACGAAAAACCACUCCUACCGAUCAUCCAAUCUACAAUGAAUCUUCUCCACCUCCUCCCACUCCUCCUCCAAUCCCUCCCCCUCUCGAUCGCCGCUCCGGUCAACAAAUCCUUCAACCUAGUGACAUCUAGCACCAACAGCGCCCAUAACAACCUCUACCUCUCUACCCAACCCACGGGCCCGCUAAACAGCAACCCUGUCUUCCGCGACGCCGCAAAUGCCGCAACUUUCGACCUCUCCAACACGACUGUGCACUACGAGGCACCUAACAAGGCACCUUGGGAGCUAGCGUUAGUAAAUGGGCAUACUCUACAGGGAAGCGUGGAGGUUAGCGUAAGCCCCAGUGCGGGGGUUGCGGUUAGUACGGGGUUCAGUAUUGCGGAGGAUGGAGGGUUGGAGGUGGAUAGCGAGAGGUGGGGUGGAUGGUUGGUCUGCCCGGGCGAGGGUACGUCGCUGUUGGAGUUAUCUUAUCAAGACUCUACUGUGGGAAGUGGGGUGCCGGACGGAUGUGAUCAGGUUCAGUUGAAUGCUGUUUUCAAGAGUGCAUAGGGAGCUCCCAUUUGGACUUGAGUUUUAAUGAUGGGCUCUUCUUUCCAAAAUUUACAAUUUUCUGCGAUGGGGAGGAGGCUUCGGCUUCCCCACAAAUAUCGUGCCCUUGGGAGGUAAUGCCUGGUUGGACGACCAUUCGUACUAACUCGUAUGCCUUAAGACUAGAUGCAUACUCACUAGAACGGAAGACGCUGGGAUUUUCUCUAGACAUACUGUUGGCCGUUAUGCACAUACUAGCUAUGAGCUUCUUCUAUGGUAUGAAAAUGUAUAUUCAGAAUAAAGAAAGCCCAUCACCAUAGAAAUAAACUGGGCAUAUCAAUGAAUAAAAACAAAUUACCGCU